AUGAGCAAAUCAAUGAUUAAUUUGAUGAUGACGAUAUCGAAAUAUCUGGUAAACAACCCUGAUUUUGAUAAAAAUGUCAUAGAAUAGGAAGAUGAGAUUGAGGACAACUAAAAAUCUAGAGCUCCCCGCUCAAAUGGAAGAGGAUAAGAUUUCCUAAUUACAGCUUACAGCUAAAACUUUAGAGAUGCGCAUUUUUACUUUCCUGUUAGUUAAUAUAUAUUUUACGAAUAUUUGUAGAGUUAUUUUGAGACUCAAAGAUAAAGAGGAAAAGUGACUGAAGAAGAUGAAAAAAAGGGGAAAUAGAUUCUUCUUAAAGGAGACUUUAUCAAUGAUAAAUCUAGAAGUAAUUAGGCUGCUAAAAAAGAUCUAUAAAACUUAAAGAAACUUAAAGUACCUUCAAAAAAAAGUUUUAAAUCAGACUAUGAAGAUAUUCAUCCUUUUGAUGACGAAGAUAAUAUACCUAACCAAGAUUUAACAUAGUUAAAAAAUGAUGAGGAUGCAGUGAGAGAAUAGGAGGAUACUUCAACUAAAAAGCAUCUUUAGUAAAAGCAAGCCAUUCUAAGUCAACUAUUUUCUCAGAAGAACUUUUAGUCUUGGAAGUACUUUUUAGACUGUGGGUUCAAUCUACUAAUCUAUGGAAUUGGGAGCAAGAGAAAACUUAUCAAUAACUUUAUACAGCAUUAUCUUCAGUAGGAGCCUUGCAUCAUUUUAAACGGAUUUCAUUCAGCUACUACAAUUAAGUCUCUAACAAAUCCCAUAAUCAAAUUUAUUUACAAAAAUAUUCCUAACACAAAAAAUUACAAUUCAGUAGUUGAUCAAAUAGAAGAAAUAAAAAGAGUGCUAGACAAACCUCGUCCUGAAAAUCAAUUUACCAAAAUUUAUGUUAUCAUACAUUCAAUGGAUGUAGGAGCAUUGAAAAAUCAUGAAUGGCAGUAGUAUAUUAGUGAACUAGCUAAUGUCAGAUCAAUUUCACUUAUUGUAAGUGUGGAUCAUAUUAAUUCAGGUAUAAUGUGGAGUGAUUCAAUGCUAGAUAGAUUUAAUUUCUAUGCAUCAGAGGUAAAUACAUUUGAGGACUUUGAUACUGAGCUUGAGUAUCAAUCACCACUGUUCUAAUUUAAGAAUGAUAAUCAAGAAGUUGGAUUGUUAUUUGUAUUUAAAAGCAUGACUGGUAAUUAAAAGAAAUUGAUAAGCAUAAUCGCUUAAUAUUUACUUGAUAAUCCAUAAGAGAAAGGAAUUUCGUAUAAGGAAUUAAUGAUUAAAUGUGUUGAGUAGAUGGUGUGCCACAGUAAUAAAUAAAUGAAGGAUGGACUCCAUGAGGCUCUUGAUCACAAGAUUGUUAUUGAAAAACAAGAUGAUAAAGGUCAUAUUUACUUAUGUAUGAACUAUCCCGUUCCACUGCUUGAAAAGAUAGUUAAUGACGAAUUUAAGUGA